GGGAAAGAAUGCUGCCAAGUAGCGGUGCGGAUGAAUGAUUGUGCUGUUUUCUUUCCUGUUCUUAUUGAAGGGAGGUGAUUGGGGAUAUUCGUCCAUCUUGGUUGAUGUAUCCAACUACCUGCCUCACAUAACUAAAGUGCUGUGUAGAGAUUUCCAUCUGAGAUUCCUCGAAUAAUAUUCAAGAAAUUUGAGACAUUCAAGAGAAGUGAAGAGAAGACGAAAACGAGUCAUCAGGGAUUAAGAGGGCGGUACGAGAAGGAAGCACAAAAAGAUAUGAUGGGUAUGGCCGCAGAUAAGAGGGCUGGGGCUGGGGCUGAUGUUGCACGGCAGGAGGGGGGUUCUGGAGAGAAUGGGAAAGGAAAGAGGAAGGGGGGCAGGGAGGUGGAUGGGAUGGGGAUUGAGAAGGUGAAGGAUAAGAGGUUGAGAGGGUUGUUUGUAUUCGCACAAAAACUCGAAAACGAUCUCAAUUCCUUGGAUACAAGUCUCAGUCGGAAUGUAUUCAACUUCACAUUUACAACUAUUGAUGGAAAUGGUACAUUCAAAGAAUUGGAGAAUGUAAUUGCUACAUUUCCGACGAAGUUAAGCGCGAGUGCAAGGGAUAAAGCACAGGAGUUGGAUGAAAAGGCAACGGGAAUUUGGAAUGUUGCGACGAGGUUGAAGAGGAGUCUUCCUGGGGAGAAUGAUGAUGAGGGUGGUGAUGGAGGAUCGAAGACUUGGGAUAAGAGGAAUGAACUCAGAGAUGUGUUGGUCAUGGUCAGAAUAUUCGCUUUCCUGGUAUUGGAUUGUGCGAAUGAGUGUGGGAGUUCUGCUACUCAUUUGCAAGCGGGUAAUGGUAGAGGUGAAGAGAAAGAGAAAGGGCAAAAGUCCAGGGGAAACUUGUUGAGAUUAAUGAAAGUGGGGAUCAAGACGGGGAGAGACUGUUUGAAUGGACAGAAGAUCGAUUAUGCUGUCAAAGUUCUGGAGAAACUUGCAGGAUAUACAGUAUAUAGUGAAGAACUUCUUCAUACAUACGAAUCGGCUGGUAAAUGGGAAGAAAAAGUAACAUUCGCGAGAUUUACUGCUGAGUAUUUCAUUCUUAGAACUUUAUUGGCGUGGCGGCAGGAUGAUAUGCAACUCGCUGAACAUAUGUUUAAUAAGUCUGUAUCCUCAAAGAAACUCUUUGAUCAUACUACCACUGAAAGUCUCUCGGAUACCUUAUAUGAGAUGGGGAAAGCACUACUCGAGAAGCAACAGCAUGCUUUGUCUGUCAAAUGGCUGGAACGUGCCUAUGAAGUUUUAAGUGGCGAUGAGUUAGACAAGUUUAGCGCUGAUGCUACAGAAUUGCGAAUAUCUAUUAUUCAAUCACUCAUCAAGGCACUCUUGGAAACCAAAACACCGGAGUCAAUACAACGGGCACGGGACUUGAUUGACCUUCUCGAGUCUGAACUUGGAGAUAAAUUGGUAGUUCUGCUUCUAAAACUAGAACUUCUGACGGGGGUUCCGAAGGAAACUUUCGAUGGUUUGACGUACAGUGCUAUUCUCAACAAGAUGAUUCGAAGUCUUGUUUUUAAUCCGACGAAUUUGCGAUUGUUGAUGUUUCAUGUUAGGAAACUUCAUGAAAAGGCGCCGAGUUUGGCAUGUAGAGUCCUGGAUGAGAUGAUUAGAUUACGCGCCAAAGAGUUGGCAAGUAUGACAGAAUGGCUAGAGAAGGCUCUUCUUACGAGAAUCUGGAUGAGUGUUAGUGGGAGAGAAACUGAAGAUUUAUUUGUUGCUAUUGACGGAUUCCUUACGAUGAUUGUGGAGAACAUUGAGAAGUCAAUUGGUGUCGAGGCUACUAUGGCUGCUCAUACGUUAAUCUGGAAGAAAAUAGAAGCAAACUAUGGCCUAAAGCAGUAUGAAGUAACUGAGAAAUGGUGUCAUCUUGCAAUUCAUAGAUUGUUUAAGAUACCAGGAGAGGCUAAUAUGGCUAAGAUAUCUCGGAAACUGCUUCUCUGUGCUCUCAAUCGAGGAGACAUCAAUUGCGCCCGCGAUAUCUUCGCAUCUAUGUCCGAUUCGGCAAAAGAAGAGCCUUUAACACGGUUCCUUAUGUACAAAAUAGCAAUCAGGAGUGAGGAGGUUGAAUUGGCAGCGGAAUGUCUUGAAAAGGUUGCUUCGUGUUCCGAAGAUACCUCCCUGCUUUUCGCUUGUGUUCUUGAUGCACAACAAGCUGGUAACAGAAAGUAUGUUUUAGAUGCUCUUUGGUUGGUACUAGACAAGUGUGGAUUUGGUGCGCAGGAGAAUCUUCGUCUUCCGUCGAUAAUAAGGAUGGUUGUUGUUCUACUCAUUGGUAUGAUUGAUGCCGAGAAGACACCAACUAGCUACGCCAGGGAGAACAUUGAGAAAUUGUGUACAAUGUUCGAAAAGGCACUCCACGCCGUACAAAAAUCCCCCAAUCGAGAGAUAUGGACAAUUCUCGAACUCGAAUGGUUUUCUCGAAACUCAUACAACCUAUCUCUAAAGCAUCUUGCCGUUUGGGAACCCCAACAAUCUAUAAGAAUGCUCGUCAGUUGUAUCGGCUUCAUUGAUCGCUAUCCUCAAGAUAUUGGUGAAGAUGCCCACGAGGACGUUACACUUCGGAAAAUGUUCUGCAAUUUCUGCGCUGCGACUAUUUUCGUUUCUAUCGCAAGAGCAGAACAAAAUAUCGAAUCACAAUUACAGUUCUAUCUUAAUUUGCGGAAACAUGUAGCGAGUUUCGACCACAUAUUACAAGCAAAGCUGGAGAAUUUGGAAGUGGAAAUCACCGAAGAUUUGUUGAAGAAAUUAUCCGUUCUGCUUGCAUUUGAUUUUGAAGCCGCGUGUAGGUUGAAAGAUUGGGAUGGACUUGGAGAGAUUAUACUUAAAGCAGGGGUUUGUAAGAGUAUGAGGGUUUAUGAAUUAAUGGCUGAUUGCAUUUUGAGUUGUGAGGCUCCUACUCAAGUCCUAAUCAUGACUCUCAAGAAAAUCACAAACAAGACUUGGGAAAUGGAAGAAUUCGAUACCGUCAAAUUAUCAAAAUACAUGCGCUGCCUAUUUCAAGCAGCUAUGGGAUCAGAUGAUAAGAUUGCAGAGGAACUUAUCGAUCAAGUAUGUAUGCUUGCUGCUGAUGCUUCCGAGACACAAAUCCCCUACCCAAUUCAAGAACUUGACUGGCUAGCAACUAAAUCCUUCAACCACGCCAUCGAUCUCUACAGCGCAGAUCAAGACGAAGCGUGUAAACGAUGGGCUGACAAAUCAAUACUGAUUGCGGGAUAUUGUGAUGAUGCGGGAAGUUUGAAGCGGCUUUUGACGCAGAGAUUUGGGGGGUUGAAAUUUGAUGGGUAGGAUCUGAUGGGAUAGGGAGAGGGGUAGUGAGAGAUUGGGGAAGAUUGGAGGGAGUGUUGGGUUGGUUCUGCGUGAGUUUCUAAGAUGCCAAAACCGAAUGUCGCAUGGAUGAAGGGUACCUGUUGUGUUUUGCUGGUGCCUUCGCUAUAUACAUAUAGAGAGGGGGGGAGGAGAUACGUGAAUAACAAAUUCGAGCUAGCAUUCAUAUAAAUUUUCUUAUUGUGUUAAUUUAGCUUCCAACAGGUACAUACAUACAUACA